CGUCGCAGAGUGCCGCAGGCCGCCAACUCACGCGACGACCCCCCCGAUAAAUAAUAAUCCUAAUAACAAGAAGACACCACUGAGCGUGAACAUUCCGGAGCACUGAUCGGUCACUGAUGACGCCUGCCUCUGUUCCCUGACCAAUCAUCCACUCCGGUCCGCAAUUCAUCGAUCUCUGUGCCCAACCAGUUCCCUUCUGGUGCGGAAUAAAUUUUAUAAAGGGCCAUGACGGGCUCUCAGCCUGAAUCACCAACGGAUGCGCCCCAGCGUCCUUUUAGCGGCAUCAUGCGUACCCCCAGAAGUACCAGUCGCCUGAGCAUGAGCAGUAAACAUGGCGGAGGAAGUCGAGCAUCGGAUGAGGAUGGAAAGACUGCGGUCAAAGUUGCCGUCCGUGUACGCCCGCCGCUGAAGCCAGAUGACCCCGGUUACGAAUUGGUCCCCCAACGUUUCCAGCGCCCAAUGGUCCAUGUCAUGAACCCAACAAGUGUCGCCAUUGACGUUCCUCAGGGCCGGAAGUUGUUUGUUUUCGAUCGAGUGUUCGCCGAAACGGUCGACCAGGACGGUGUCUGGGAUUACCUGAGCGAGAGUGUGAGCUCGUUCUUGCAGGGUUACAAUGUUUCCAUACUGGCCUAUGGCCAGUCCGGCGCGGGAAAGUCCUAUACGAUGGGAACUUCGGGACCUAGCGAACAGCAUGACCCGAGAUCUAUGGGAAUAAUUCCCCGCGCUGCUCAACUGCUCUUCGAGAAGCUGGAGGGGCCACCGAAACCAAAUCGCAACAGCGGUACGGGCCUUCGUACCCCUUCUCGAUACUCUAUCAGCUCUACCUCCAGCUUCGGAAAGGCUAGCGCCGAGAAGAACUGGCAGUUGAAAGCCACUUACGUCGAAAUCUACAACGAACACCUAAGAGACCUUCUGGUCCCCGAUUCAACACCUCAGAGCGACCGUGGUACGGUCACCAUCCGUGAGGAUGCAAAAGGCCGCAUCAUUCUCACUGGCUUACAUCAGGUGAACAUCAACUCAGUCGAGGAUUUGAUGGGCGCUUUGAGCUUCGGUUCCUCCAUUCGACAGACGGAUUCUACCGCGAUCAACGCCAAGUCUUCUCGAUCGCACGCCGUGUUCAGUCUAAACCUCGUGCAACGGAAGUCGGCGAAUGGGGUCACUCCGACGCCCAAGGACAAGCGGAUGUCGAUGCCAGUGGAGAUGAUGUCUGGCUCCGAUGCCACGGUCAUGGUGGAUAGCAAGCUCCAUUUCGUCGACUUGGCCGGAAGUGAGAGACUGAAGAACACCGGUGCGUCCGGAGAACGGGCCAGGGAGGGUAUCUCAAUCAACGCCGGUCUUGCCGCAUUGGGGAAGGUCAUUUCACAGCUUUCUUCUCGCCAGGCCGGUGCUCACGUUUCUUAUCGCGACUCCAAACUCACCCGUCUGCUCCAAGAUUCGCUCGGUGGCAAUGCCUAUACGUACAUGAUCGCUUGUGUUAACCCUGCAGAGUUCCAUCUCAGUGAAACUGUGAACACGGUCCAGUACGCGCAGCGAGCCAGAGCAAUCCAGAGCAAGCCUCGCAUUCAACAAAUUGCCGACGAAAGCGACAAGCACGCAGUCAUCGAACGAUUGAAAGCCGAGGUCGCCUUCUUGCGUCAGCAGCUCCGUAACGCGGAAGAGAACGGCCGUCGAAGCGCCGCCCCACAGGAUCGGGCGGAUCGGCAGAAUGAGAGGGAACUCGAGAUUCAGAACCAGCUACUUGAUGUCCAAGAGAGCUACAAUGCGCUCAGUCAGCGCCACGCAAAGCUAAUCUCAGAGAUCGCCAGGGACUCGGAACAAGCUGGUGAGACGGACCCCGAGGACGUGGCCAGUCUGGUCGGGAAGAGUUCUGUCGAGAGACUCAAGCGGUCGCAGUCGUUUGCGGAGUCGAUCGAGCAAGUCGUCCUUGAGUACGAGAAGACCAUCCAGAGCCUCGAGUCCUCUUUGUCCAUCACCAGAUCCUCCCUUUCUGUGACGGAAAGUACCCUUCUAGAGCGCGAGACCAAGUGCGCAUACGUUGAAACCGUCAACUCCCAAUUGCAGUCUCGCAUCCAAAAGCUCCUUGAUCGUGAGAACAGCACAGAAACCUAUCUUCAUGAGCUAGAAUCUCGACUCGACGGACAGUCCACUGGUGAAGAAAAGCAAGCGGCCAUUGUGUCAGAACUGCGCAAAGAGCUGAGCCGUGCCCGUGAAAGCGAAGCAAAUUGUGAAGACUACAUUUCCACACUAGAGGAGCGUUUGGCGGAAGCAGACCAAGAUAUGGAGUUGAUCCAGCGGGAGAUGGAACGCCUGGAGCACGUCAUUGAGCGCCAGCGUAGCCUAGGCAAGCUUGAUAACCUCCUAUACGAGCUCGACCACGUCCAACAAAACGGUACCCAGAGGGAGCAUUCUCAGGAAGAGCUUGAGAUUCACACACCAGUUCCUGCCAAGGGCGCUUACAAUCCUCGUACUCGGGCAACGUCCCUUUCCCUCGAUGUCUUGACUGAGGCGGUGGAAACCGCCAUUCCCGAGUCUGAUGAAGGUUUGGCUGAACCAGCUUCGGAGACCGAAAAGGAAGCCUCUGUAGAGGGAGAACCAGCUGCUGAAACGGAAGACACUGACUUGAAGGCACUCGAAUCAGCUACCGACCGCUUGGAACAGGAGGCAAAUGGUCUUGAAAGCCGAGCCUCUAGCCCGACCCAAUCUAAGGUCGUUGCUGAUAAGCUUGAGACGGUUACGCAAGAGCUUUUCGACCUGCGUAUGCAACACGAAACGACCGUGAGUGAAUACGAAAGCCUCGAGGCCAAGUAUGAGCAGGCUAUGAAAGCCCUUGCGGAGCUCCAGCGGGAUGCCGCGGACGACGCGCUUCAUCCAGCCUCCGAUGUUCAAGACUUGUCCAUAGAUGUCCCUUCUCGUCCGCUGUCUUUUUUAGGGGAUGCGAAGGCCCCCGGCUUGAAGGAUGGAGAACGACUGUCGUCCUCGCCAUCACUCUCUUCGGAGUUAUCCUCGGCCGGGGAGCCUGCUUCUUCGCGCGUCUCAUUUAAUAUGAGCAAUGAUCUGGCCUCCCAGGAGGACCACGUCGACACUCGGGCGCUAGAGGAGGCGAAAGCCCUAGAAGUCGAACAGAUGCGUCGGCUGCUCUCGGAACAUCAGGAAGGUGUUAGUAUUAUGUCGCAGAAGUAUGCCCAAUUGCAGUCGGAGCAUGAAGGAACCCUCAGCCUCAUCGAGACACUCAAAGCUGAAUUACAGCGAUCAAAGAGUGCCUCACCGCCGACCACGCCAGGCUUUAAGACCCCCGUGAUCCGACGAAAGACAAGCCAAAGUCUGAUAGGCACUGUCGAUCGGGCUCACCGCUCCCUAGCCGCCUUGCGUAAUAUUGCAGUUGAGGAAUUCGACAGUCGCCCCGAUACGAUGACGAACUUUGAAGUGCACCUCGACUCGGCUAUGCACGAGCUACACAACCGCAUGGAGCGAAUUCAGUCCCUCGAGGCCGAAAACCAGAGUGUCAAGAAAGAGAUGGAAAUGAAAUCUACCAUUAUUUCUGGACUUACUCGCGAGAGGUCAAGCUUGCAGGGGGGUGCACCUUCGGUCGACAUGGGACUAGUUUCUCAGCUGCGUGACCAGGUGGUGCAGCAGGAGAAUAUCAUCAACGAGAUGAAGGAGGCCCACGACACCCGAGAAAAGCAGCUUCUCGCUGAGAUCGAAGAAUUGAAGAGCCUCCUUAAGACCCAGGAAGCAGCUGCUAAAGCCCAAGAUGCAGGCGCUGAAGAGCGGGAUCGGAAGAUUACUGCUCUUGCAGGCGAAGUGACGGAUUUGAAGAGCAAGCACCAGAACGCUGUUGAAUCCCUACAGUCGUCGGAAGAGCAGCUGAGCGCGACGCUGGCCGAGCUUGACCAUGCUUUGGCGUCUAUCGAUGCCAUGCGUUCCGAACAGGCGGCUGCCGGCGAAGCAUCUGCGUCAAAGGAGGCCGCUGCUAGGGAGUUGGAGGCCGAACGAGCCCAACAAGAAGAGCUCGUCGCCAAGUUGAACCAUGUUAUCGACGAACACAAGGCAACUUCCGCAGCCCACCUCGAGAAAAUCACGUCUCUUGAGAAGUCAUACAGCGAAGCACAGCAACAAUUGGCCGAAGCCAUCGCUACAAAAGACAACGACAGUAAUGCAGUUGAAGUGCACCAGUCUCAUGUGGCCGAGCUAGAGAAGGAGAUCGAGGCCCACAAGUCCCUGGCUGACUCAUAUAAGAAGGACCUGGAGUCUCUGCAGGAAUCACACAGGCAGGAGAUCACUGAGCUGGAAGCCCGGGCCACGGCUGCGGCGCAGGUUGGUUACGAAUCGCGUUUCACUGCGAUCAACUUGGAGCAUGACGAGGCGAUGAAGACUCUGAGAUCUGAGAUUGUAGAGUCGCGGGAUGAGCUGACAAAGAUGAUCAAUAUGGUCUCCAACCUUCUCAAGUCGGAUGUCACUGCAGACAACAUGGCAGACCAGAUCCAGGAGGUUUUGACACAGAAGCAGUACUUCUCUGACAAGUAUUCCGAGCUCAUGGAUAUGAAUGAGGAUCUCCGCAAGCAAAUUGAAACGAGAGGAUCUGAUGAUAGCCGUCUGGAUGAGCUUGUCAAGAGCAACUCCAGCAAAGAAGCCAAGGUGAACGAAUUAGCUCUGUUGGUCGCUACACUCGAGGAUACUCUGCUACAGAAGGAAGAGCAGGUCAAGAAGAAGGACGCGAUCAUUGCGGAGGUCAAGGCCGAAAAGGAGAAGAGUGUCCGCUUGGUGGAGGAGCUGGAAGAACAGAUCACCAACAGCUUCGAUCAACACCACAACCGUCUCUCCGUCAUUCAACAGGAGCGCGACCAGGCUUUGGAGGACGCCAAGGUGAAGAUCGCCACUUACGAGAAGGAUAUCGAAACGUACCGCUUGCGGAUCGAGCAGCUUGAGCUUCAAAUCAAGAAUCAGGACAGCUCGCAUGACCGCAGCAGCUCGAUCACGUCCAACCUCCGUAAGAGCUCGUCAGCAACCUCCCUACCUUCGCCUCCUCCCGCGAUUCCCUUGCCCCCUCUGCCGUCCAUCGCUUCUGCCGCCAACGGCAACGGCAGCAUCUCCCCUCCUAGUUCCCGCCACGCUAGCAAGGACCUGGCGAACACGCAGAUUGUCGAGGAUCAAGAGGCCCGCAUUCGUACCAUCGAGAAGCAUCUUAACGCCGAGAAGCAGCUGACUGCAACCCUGGAAGAAGCCCUCGGAGACCUCGAAGCGCAGAGCAAUAAGGUCAAGUCGGACUGCGAUGCGUGGAAGAAGAAGGCCCGAGAAUUGGAAGAAGAAAUGACUACACUCCGCAAGGAGCGCGCCUCUCAGCGCCUGUCGUUGCAGGCCGUCGAAGAGGAGAGAAAUGCUCGUCGGGAGGCUGAAGCCGCCCGCGCGCAACUCGAGGAGCGCAUGAACGCGCUCAAUAAGAAGAAGAAGAAGAGCACCCUCAACUGCUUCUAGACGCGACCACGCUA